AAUGUCUCUCGAUUUCCCCUCAACACCCCUCUUCGGAUUCGUCUCCGCGCUUCAUAUUUCAACAUGAUUUCUCCCCACCUUCAAAACCCACCGGUCGAAGACAAGAAGCCUACUGCCACGCUCCCUAGUUGUCCGGUGAAAAAGCUUGCACGAACUACAAUGGUGGUAUAUAGGGAGAGAGAUGGAGACGUUGAUUUCCGAAGAGGGGAGGAAGAGGAAGGAAUCAGUCAGCAAAAUGGGUUCGAUUUGGUCCAUGAAAGCUUGAGCCUCAUCGAAUACGUCGCUCGGCUCAGAGAUUUCCGGAGCACCCAGAGACAAGAAUGUUACAGCCUCGUCAGGCGCAUGAAGAAUUUGUUGCCGUUCUUCGACGAGGUUCGGCUCCUCGGUGCUUGCAUUCCUCCCAGAGGCGUUGCUGCUUUGUCGAGGUUGAAGAAAGUACUUUGUUUGGCGAAGAAACUUUUGAAAACUUGCAGCGACGGUAGCAAGAUUUUCCUGGCCUUAGAGACUGAGGCAAUGAUGGUCAAAUUCCACGCCGUUUACGAAAAUUUAUGCCAAGUUCUGGAUGAGAUGCCGUUCGAUGAAAUUGAUGUUUCCGUGGAAGUAAGGGAGCAGGUCGAGCUAAUGGUAACACAAUUACGGCGAGGCAAGCGGCGAAAACAUACGCAGGAUAUGGAACUCGCAGUCGAUUUGAUGGUAGUUUCGUCGAAAAUUGAUGAAAGGACGGCUGAUAUAGCCAUCAUAGAAAGGCUGGCCAAGAAACUUGAUUUGCAUACAGUUGAAUAUUUAAAGAAAGAAACCAUAGCUAUAAGGAAACUUGCCGAAGAAAGAGGCCGAACCUCAGAGUGCGUAGUACAGGUUAUCGAAAUUCUCGACAAAUUCAAACGGAUUCUAGGCAUGGAAGUUGCCAAUAUUUUCGAGGAAUCCAUCAAGCCUAAAAUGUUGGAGAGGUCCGAAUCUUUGGUGAUACCUCACGAGUUCCUGUGUCCGAUCACACUCGAACUAAUGCGAGAUCCGGUUAUCAUCGCAAGCGGACAGACAUUUGAGAGAGAGAGCAUACAGAAGUGGUUUGAUUCGAACAAUCGAACCUGCCCAAAGACAAGGGAGAAUUUGGCUCAUUUGUCGCUUGUGCCGAAUCACGCCCUCAAGAACCUUAUCACACAAUGGCGCGAGAAGAACAAUUACAAGUAUCCCAUUACAGACGAUUUUGAGUAUUCACAAGGCUCCUCUGUUAAAGAGGAAGAAAUCACAUCUUUGGUUGAAGAAUUAUCUUCUACUGAAUUAGAAGUGCUGUUAAGGGCAGUAAAGGAUAUUCGUAUGCUUUCUAAGGAUCAGCCGGAGAGCCGAGUUUUGUUCUCUAAUUGUGGCGCGAUCCCAGCGUUGGUGCGGUUGCUGCCCUAUCCGAAUCAUAAAAUUCAAGAGCAUGUCGUGACAUCUCUAUUGAAUUUAUCCAUCGAUGACACUAACAAGAAGCUCAUAGCGCAAGAACAAGCCAUACCUGCUAUAAUAGACGUCUUACGAAAUGGAAGUAUGGAGUCGAGAGAGAAUUCCGCCGCAGCUUUGUUCAGCUUAUCGAUGCUCGACGAGAACAAAGUAACAAUCGCUCUCUCCGAAGGCAUUCCCGCUCUUGUCGAAUUGUUAGAUACCGGGACGGUUACGGGCAAAAAAGAUGCUCUGACUGCCCUAUUCAACUUAUGUCUCAACCAAGCCAACAAGGCAAGGGCUAUUGAUGCUGGCAUUGUGCCACCAUUACAGCUCCUGCUAAAGGAUAAACGAAUCGGGAUGCUCGAUGAGGCCCUCUCCAUGUUCUUGCUUCUAGCAACUCAUCCACAAGGUAGACAUGAGAUCGGAAAGCUUUCGUUCAUUGGAAUGCUGGUUGAUAUCAUCAGAGACGGGACACCAAAGAAUAAGGAGUGCGCGGCCUCGGUUCUUCUCGAGUUGAGUUUGAAUAAUUCGUCUCACAUUCUUACAGCACUUCAGUUUGGCGUUUACGAGCAUUUAGUUGACAUCUCCCUAACCGGAACAAACAGAGCAAGAAGGAAAGCUAAUGCAAUUUUACAGCUUAUGAGAACGAGUGACCAACUUCCUUAACAGCUUCUAGAUUGCAUUUAUAUAUAUAUAUAUAUAUUUAUAAUGCAGUCUACUCCCUAUUCCUUUCGUUUUCAGACUCAAUUCAUUUAAUUGCCUAAAGUUAGG